AUGGACCGCAGGGACCUGAGCGACGAGGAGCGCCUGGCGCGCCACAUGAAAGAAUUCACCACGCCGCCCAAGACGCCGGCCGAGAAGGACGACGAGAUGGACGAUCUCAAGGGCGUCAUCGACGACACGAUCCGUGGCAUGAAGCAGAUCGCCAUCAACCUGCUGUGCGUCGCGAGAUUCCGCAUCGCAGGUUGCCCCAAACCAUCAAUAUUUCGCCUCGGCGCUCAACAUGCGCCUUUGACCAGUCCUAUACUCGAACUCGCGUCCAUUCUGGAAAUUCAAGAUCCUCUCGCUAUAUCGAGUCCUCUCGCUUUAUCGAGUCCUCUCGCUUUAUCGAGUCCUCUCGCUUUAUCGACAUCAUGUUUCGGUCGUCGACGUAUUCCCGUAGUGGUCUGUCAUCAACAGGAGUGGCAGCCACAGGACUUUCUGCGAUACCAUCAGCUCCUGAAAUGGGGAAUUGAAAGCCAGCAGAAGUUCGCUUCUGCUCUGCGAGUUCAGCAGCCUUCUUUGGCUCGGGAAGAGCUAAUGAACGACACGUCGAGUUUGUCCACUUUGUGUAGAGCCACCUCUUCGUCCGCGGCCACUGGGUUCUCACGGUUCUGA